GUGCACGCCCUUUCGUUCUGCCCGCCAGUCCGCAGCAGUAUGGUUUUGGGGAUGUGUGCGGCCCUGAACCUGAAUCCAGCGGGCAGGUCCUUUGGUGCUUUUCGCAGGUUGCUCAGCCUGCCCGGGAUCGUUGUGCUUUCCCAUUCCCCAGUCAGCGGCCGAUCUGAGAUACUGCUCACCACGUCCCCCACCCCUUCUUCACGGCUGGGUGUCUCUUCGCUAGACGAGCUGCUCGGCAACGCACCACGGUGGUCGUCACCGUUGUCGCUGGCGCUGGAACUGGCGCUGUUCUCAGACGCCGUUGUUUCCGGUACAUCCUGCAACUACGACGGCACUAUCAUCGUGAUAGGCUCCACUGACAAAACCCCCUCCUCUUCUCCCUCUCUGCCCUGGUUACCUCGUUGCUCUGUGAGUUCUCUCAAUGAAACCAUUUUUACCUGAAAUGGAUGUGAAGUCGAUUCGGUGUGCUGUUCUUCAGGCUGGAGCGUUUCGCUUCAGAGAAUUUUUGGGAAAGUUUAAGCAAAUGCAAAAUUGAAAAUGAAAAAGGGAAACGGUU